AUGUUACAACUGAUACAACUCAAACCUCUGAAGUUACUACUUCUGAAACCACUUCUGAGGCUACCACUUCUGAAACCACUUCUGAGGCUACCACUUCUGAAACCACUUCUGAAGCUACCUCUUCUGAAACCACAUCCGAAGCUACCUCUACUUCCGAAGCCACCUCUUCUGAAACCACUUCUGAAGCUACCUCUUCUGAAACCACAUCCGAAGCUACCUCUUCUGAAACCACAUCCGAAGCUACUUCUACUUCCGAAGCCACCUCUUCUGAAACCACAUCCGAUGCUACUUCUACUUCCGAAGCCACCUCUUCUGAAACCACAUCCGAUGCUACUUCUACUUCUGAAGCCACCUCUUCUGAAACCACUUCUGAAGCUACCUCUUCUGAAACCACAUCCGAAGCUACCUCUACUUCCGAAGCCACCUCUUCUGGAACCACAUCCGAAGCUACCUCUUCUGAAACCACAUCCGAAGCUACCUCUUCUGAAUCCACAUCCGAAGCCACUUCUACUGAUAUUUCCAGUAGUAGUCACCUCCAGUGUGGAAUCUUCAAGCAGUGUCACACAGAUGCCUAGCUCUUCUUCAAACAUCACUUCUAGUGUCACUUCAGAUAUUUCUUCUAGUCUAUCGUCAAGUGCAAUCACCUCCAGUAUCACUUCUAAUAAUAUCACUUCAUCUGAAACUUCGAUCUUGUCUUCAAGCACUGAACCAAUCAACUCAACCACUCCAAUUACUUCUUCCUCAUCCUUUGUUACAUCUUCAAUUUCCUCUAACGUGACCACCUCAAUUUCUUCUGAAACUUCGUCAUUGACCAGUUUGGUUCCAAGUAAUGCCACUUCUAUUGAAACUACUACUACCACUCCAGGAACUACAAGUAUUUUCAAUAAUGACACUACUUCUAUUGAAACUACUACUACCACUCCAGGAACUACAAGUAUUUUCAAUAACGACACUACUUCUAUCACCACUACCACUCGUCAACCAUUUGACAACGGUACUACAAUUACUACCACCACUCGUCAACCAUUUGACAACGGUACUACAAUUACUACCACCACUCGUCAACCAUUUGACAACGGUACCACAAUCACUACCACCACUCGUCAACCAUUUGACAACGGUACCACAAUCACUACCACCACUCGUCAACCAUUUGACAACGGUACUACAAUCACUUCGACUACUCGUCAACCAUUCGACAAUGAUACUACUGUUACCACAACUACGCGUCAACCUUUCACAAACGAUUCUACUAUCACCAACCCUGAAACUCAUCUAACUACAGUCACCAGCUUGGAAACUACCACAAACGAAAACGGUGAAACUACUACCGCAACCCACAGGUUCACUACACUCGUUCCAUCUGCUUACACGACCAUCACAAACUUAUUGACCACCACAAACGACCGUGGUCAAACCAUCGUUGAAACUCACAAACAUACUAUUGAUGCUCAAUUCGUAUACCCAUCUACUACUGGUGGUUCUUCAGUUCCAACUGUCAUCUUCGUCACUGGUCAAGCUAACCAAUUGGCUCUAGGGUCCUUCGGUGCCAUUGCCGCUGCCGCCAUGCUUUUAUUAUAA